AUGCCUAUGCCCACCUGUGGCGCUCUCCUCCUGGCCAUCAGCAUGUCCUUCCACCUCACCACAGCUGUGGCCGACCAGUGCAGCGGAGGCAGCAACCUCUUCACAGAGCUGCAGGAGAACAGCCCCCACGGCACCUUUGUGGCCAACCUGACGGUCUUCGGGGAGCCCGAGAGCAGCAGCCUCCGGCUGGGUCUAACCGGCGCCGACGCUGGGUGGUUCUACCUGGAGGGGAAAACCGUGCGGCUGAGCGUCUCGCCAGGGGCGUCGCUGGACAGAGAGGCGCUGGAGUCCCCCGUCCUGAUGGUGGCGCUCACCUGCUCGGAGGACGGCUUCUCUCCGGUUGAGUACAGGAUCAUCGUCCAGGUGCUGAAUGAGAACGACAACAAACCCCGGUUCCUGGAGGACUCCGUCCUGACCCAGAACAUCAGUGAGCUGGCGGCGGUGCACUCGGUGGUGUUCACCACCCGGGCGGAGGACAAGGACGGAGACACCCUCAUGUAUGUGAUUGACAGCACCUCGGCCGAUGGCAAAUACUUCCGGAUCGACCUGCCCAACAGCGGGAAGAUCGUGCUGGCCAAAGCGCUGGAUUUCGAGACCAAGCGCCACCUGGAGUUCAUGGUCCACGCCGUGGAGAUGAACACCAAGGAGAGGUACAACUCCUCCGCCAGGAUCCGCGUCAACGUGCUGGACGGGGACGACCAGUACCCCCGGUUCCUGCCGUGCAACUUCCUGGCGCACGACGGAGUCAGCGUGUGCGUCAGCCCCGUCUACACGGCAAACGUCACCGAGCGGGAGGUCACGGUGGGCCCUCUGCACUUCGUCCCCGGCUUGGUCUAUGCGGAAGAUGGGGACAGGGAGCUGAAGGCUGCCAUUACCUACGCCAUCCUCGCAGGGACGGACCACGGCAGGUUCCACAUCGACAACGUGACGGGCGCCAUCACUAUGCUGCGGCCUGUGGAGAGCCGGAGCCACACGCCCGCCUUCAGCCUCAGCGUCAUGGCCGCGCAGGUGAACGACGCCAACAAGUACGUGGUGACGGAGGUGCGGGUGAGGGUCCUGGCCGCCAACGCGCACCCGCCUCGCUUCAGCCGGCCCCGGUACCAGGCCUUUGUGCGGGAGGAGCCCGGCCUGGCCGCCCUGGUGCUGACGUACAGCGGCCGGGUGCUGACGCUGCAGGCCGCCGACGCCGACUUCCCCGACGGCUUCAACCCAAAGGUCCGGUACAGCCUGACACCCCAGUCCAACCACACCCAGCUCUUCCAGAUCACACCGAGCGGGCUCCUUGUGGCUCGGGCCGACCAGCUCCGUGCCCUCCAGCAGUACUUCCUGCAGCAGCGCUAA